CCCUAACCCCUUUACCCUAGCCCCUAACCCCUUUACCCUAACCCCUUUACCCUAGCCCCGACCCCAUCAUGGCCCACAGGUCCCAGAGUUCGGACUUCGGGGACAACCCCCUGGACCCUAACUUCCUGCCCCCCCACUACAGAGAAGAAUACCGUCUCGCCAUUGAUGCUCUGGUGGAGACAGACCUACAGGGUUACUAUGAGUUCCUUCAGACAGCAGACGUGGUGGACUUCCUUUGUCAACCGGAGAUCGAACACAUCAAGACCACCAUCCAGACCCCCAGCCAGGCGCCAACCUCCAACGUACCAGAGCUGUCUUAUCAUGAGGCAGAUGCAGACGGCUCGUCUGACACCUACUGGCCGUUGCACUCUGACACGGCGGCCCCGGGGUUGGACCUGGGCUGGCCCCUCCAGGCGCACAGCUUCAUCGGUCCCACAGAGGUCACGACCCUGGUCAACCCCAGCGACCCCGACAUGCCCAGCAUCAAGGAGCAGGCCAGGAGGCUCAUCAAGAACGCACAACAUGUGAUUGCCGUGGUGAUGGACAUGUUUACAGACGUGGAUCUGUUUGCUGACUUGCUGGAUGCCACGGCGCGUAACGUCCCCGUCUACAUCCUAUUGGACGAACAGAACGCCCAUCACUUCGUCUCCAUGGUGACUAACUGCAAGAUCAACCUUGACCUUGUCCAUAUGAUGCGUGUGCGGACUGUGGCGGGGAUGACGUAUUUCUGUCGGACAGGGAUGUCGUUUAAAGGACAGGUGAAAGACCGCUUCCUAUUGGCUGACUGCAGGGCCGUGCUCAGCGGAAACUACAGUUUCAUGUGGUCCUAUGAGAAGCUGCAUCGCUGUAUCGCUCAUCUCUUCCUGGGAGAACUAGUCACCACCUUUGACGAGGAGUUCCGCAUCCUGUUCGCCCAAUCACAGCCUCUCACCGUAGACCACGCCCUAGUGCCUGUGUCCUCUGACAGCAGCAGCAGCAGUUACUACGGCAACCAGUUCGGGAUGAAGGGGCCUCAUCGACACCCUCGGGGUUUCCAACGACACACCCCAGAACUUACGGGCUUCCCCUUCGGAGGAGGAGAAACUGAGCGUUCUGCAUUCCGUAGGGAUGACCUGUUCCGACAUGCCAUAGAAUCCGGAGGAGGACUGAAUCUUGGGACGUUUGCAGCGUCGCAGCAGCUCAGGAUGCAGCAGUCCUUCCUGGAGCAGGGCCGCUCCAUGGUCUCCAGGCAGAUGGAGAUAAGUGCCAGUGACUAUAAGGGUCAAAGCAACGCAGAGGGAACCCAGGAGAGUUACUCCUCUUCCAGACAGUACAUGAAGCACAGAGUCAUCAACAACCAGGAGGAGACAGAGCAGCACUACCACAGGGAGCAGAGCCAGUCCAGCCACUACUACCAGGGUGGUGAGGGACCUGGGUUAAUGCCGGGGCUGGGGCUAGGCUCAGGGCUAGGAGGACCUGGGUUAAUGCCGGGGCUGGGGCUAGGCUCAGGGCUAGGAGGACAUGGGUCAGGACAUGGGUCAGGCCAUGGACGCUACGACAGGCUGAGGAACAGACCAGCGCUGGACCAGUACUCUGACUCAGGCUACCCCCAUGAGGAACCUCCUGGUCCAGAGGACUACGGCAGAGACUACCUCUCCUCUCAGGACCUGAAACACAACCCGGGACCACCACCGGCAGGGGGGAGGUACGGAGGUGGCAGCGACCACAAGAGACCGACGGUGGGCCAGCCCUACGUCUGCCAGUCCUCCCCCACCCAUCCCAACCCCCCAGAGAAGCAGCUGUUCCCCGUCCCAGCAGAGGCAGACCAGGACCCCAAAGUCAGACAGGGCCUCCGUAGCUGGAGGAUCAACUCCUACCUCAGCACCCACGAAGACACAGGAGAGGAGGGGCUGCCACAACCUCUGGGCCCUGAUGCUUUCCAAGACCCAGAGUCUGAGGGGAAACCAUUCGCCAGUGAGGGGUCUGUAUCCCGCUUUGAAGCGAGAGAGCCUCCGGAUGUCCCCUCCAAGCCUAGGCCGGAUAUCCGACCGCCACGGUACGGCAAGCCCUUCAUGCCCGAGGGCACGAGAAAGGACGGGGCCGACAGCAGGACCAUAGAGCGGGAGAGAGCGAGAGAGAAAGACCGAGAGAGGGAGAGGGAGGUGGGGGGGAGGGAGGUUGGGGUGGAUGUGGAGAUGCCAUCGUCGAGGGAGACUUCGGGAGAGGUUGUGCUCUCCAAACACGAGUCGUUCCGGACACGGAUCAACCCGAUGCUCCAGAGGACCUCCCGGCUGCGCUCCUCCCUCAUCUUCUCCUCCUCCAAGACGGAGACCCACCUGGGAGGCCUGGGCAUGAAGGUGGCCAAUGAGGAGGAUGAGGAAUCCGACAUGCUUCGCACCACCUCCAUCGUCCAACAGAUCCUGGAGAAGAGAUUUACCCGGGAACCCUUCGAGUGGCGGAAGAAGCCUGCCCCGAUGAAACCACAAGUCCCAGCCAUACUAGAGCGAACACGCAAACUGUCCAUCACCUCAAGAUUCAAAACCUUUGAGCCUUCUACUACCACAGUCCAGAGGAAAGACAGCAGCUCAGAGUCACAGAGGACAGACAGCAGCUCGGAGUCACAGAGGAAAGACAGCAGCUCUGAGUCACAGAGGACAGACAGCAGCUCUGAGUCACAGAGGAAAGACAGCAGCUCUGAGUCACAGAGGAAAGACAGCAGCUCUGAGUCACAGAGGACAGACAGCAGCUCUGAGUCACAGAGGAAAGACAGCAGCUCUGAGUCACAGAGGAAAGACAGCAGCUCUGAGUCACAGAGGAAAGACAGCAGCUCUGAGUCACAGAGGAAAGACAGCAGCUCUGAGUCACAGAGGAAAGACAGCAGCUCUGAGUCACAGAGGACAGACAGCAGCUCUGAGUCACAGAGGAAAGACAGCAGCUCUGAGUCACAGAGGAAAGACAAGGAGCCCAGUAAGAUUCUGAAACCUUUCUCUUCUCUGAAGCCUUUCUCUUCUCUGAAGCCGUUCAAGAGCUCCAACCCUCGCCGCGUCUCCUGUGAUGUGGAAACGCUAACAACAGACGCCACGGACGCGGAGAAAAGCGAGCUGAAAAAAUCUCGCUCCCAAAGCUUGUCCAGUAUGUCUCGCGCUGAGUCCAAGGAGAUAAAGAACCUGGGCUCCAACACCUCCCUCAACACCCUGGGAGGGGAGGGCAAGGUCGACACCAAGCCCCUGGACUUCCUGAAGAAGCAGACCCAGAAACUCAAAGGCUUCCUGGGACCCAAGGACAAGAAGAGCUCUGUUGGUGCGACAUCGGUUUCCAGCGGAGACAACAAGACGAUGAGAACUGUGGUGGAGAGCUCCGAGGAGUCUGGGGCCGCAGCUACACGCCUAGGCUCCUCUUCCGCUGCCGACACUAAAGCCGCAGACUACGUCACUUCCUCAGACAAUCACAAAAUGGCAGGUCCGUCUCGAUACCAGACCUCCAGCGGCUCGGUUCUGUUCAGUAGCAACCUGAGAGAUGACACCAAGGUCAUCCUGGAACAGAUUUCUGCCAACAGCCAGAAAAAACGUCUGGAGAGAGGAGGAGGAGAGGAGGCCGGAGGGGAGAAGGGGGUAGACAUGGCAGGAGAGAAAGGAGGGUUGGAGAGGAAUCCGUCGCUUGGGAGGAACCGCUUCCUACGGCCCCAGAGCAACCCUCAGGAGAGAGACAGCCUGCUGAAGAGGAUGGAGAGCAUGAGGAAGGAGAAGAAAGUCUACAGCCGUUUUGAGAUGGGGAAUAACCUGGGAUAACUAAAGAUGGCCGAGGAAGCUAUUGACUGGAAGCUUAGUGUGCGUGGAGGGCUCACAAACACACACACCAUUCCCAGUUCACCAACAUAUGUGGCAAACGCAUCAUCAGAACCCCCGAAGGAGAGAGAGGGAGAACACAAAACACAACAACAGCAGAUAGCUGUGUCAUCAGACUGUAGUCUUCCUGGUACAGUCAGACACCGUUCACAACCUUUAAAAAACAGACUACAAAAAACAGGAGUUGAAACUGUACCCAUAUGUGUGCCAAAGCUGGUCUUCUCUGGUUGGUUAUUUUGCCUUAUAUGGACUCUAUGGGACAACUCUUCACUAAUUCACUGCAACCCUUCAUCAAACACCUGGAGUGAGAGAGAGAGUGUGUUCAUGUUUUACUGCAAGAAAGCAACUGAAAACAUGCCCAGUCACAAACCAUGCCUGUACAGAACUGCAAACUCCCAGUGUGUGUGUGUGUGUGUGUGUGUGUGUGUGUGUGUGUGUGUGUGUGUGUGUGUGUGUGUGUG